AUGGCUGCCAAGGGGAGUUUCUUCCGGAGCGUGCUGAUGCAGAUGAUCAUCGCCGGCUUCAUCGCCCUGCUCGGUCCUGGUCUGUGGAAUGCCAACAACUCGUUGGGUGCUGGAGGCGCCCUCGAGCCAUACCUUAAGACCCUCAUCGCCGGCACGCUGGGCUGGUCCAUCUACAGCGCGGCUCUGUACCAGAACAACCGCUAUGGCACUGAGUGGUUCGUCAUCCUUGGCGCCGUCAUCUGCGGAAUCAGCGCGGGCCUGUACUGGGCUGCCGAGGGCGCCAUCGUGCUCUCGUACCCGCAGCACGCGAUGCGCGGCCGCUACCUCGCGCUCUGGCUGGGCUUCAAGAAUAGCGGCCAGCUCAUCGGCGGUGCCAUCAACCUGGGUCUCAACGCGACCAACGCCGCCGCCGGCAAGGUCUCGUACGUAACGAUCCUCGUCUUCGUCGCCCUGCAGGCGGUGGCCGCGUUUCUGUCGUUCCUCCUCUCGCCGCCCGAGAAGGCGGUGCGCAGUGACGGCACAAAGAUUGUCGUCGACGCGCCCACGCCCGCCAAGGAGCAGCUGCGCCGGCUGUGGAAGACGGUGUCGACACGCGAAAUCGGCCUACUCCUGCCAAUCUUCUUCUCCUGCUGGUUCUACUGGGGCUACGCCUCAACCUUCCUGACGUUGUACUUCUCUGUGCGCGCCCGCGCCCUGGCGUCUUUCCUCUCCGCCAUCACCGGCACGCUCGCCUGCGUCCUGUUCGGCAUCUUCCUCGAUUCGGACAAGCUCACGAUCAAAACGCGCCUCCGGUAUGGAUUCAUCGCCUCGGCGGGCCCCUUCACGCUGCUCUGGAUCUGGGUCAUGGUUGUCCAGCACGGCUUCGAGGUGCAGAAGCCUGCGACCCUCGAUUGGUCGUCCCCCGGGUUCGGACGGGCCUUUGGCGUGUACAUCAUGCUGCAGACCAUUGGAAACCUGGUGCAGAACUACCUCUACUUCCUGGUCGGCACGAUUGGUGACGGUACCGGCGAACUGAGCCGAUACACGGGUCUGCUGCGCGGCGUAGAGAGCUGGGGACAGUGUGCUUCUUUUGGUAUUAGCAGCAGCAAAUUCUCGCCAUUCUACACCACUGUCAUCAAUGUCGUCUUCUGGACGCUCAGUCUGAUCCCUGCCGUCGCGUCCAUCUGGAAGAUUGAGGGCCGCAAGGAGCUCCCCUCGGAAACCGCGUCGGAUGUGGCCGUGGACGAAAAGAUUGAGCCGACCAGCAAGGUAUAG